UGUUUCCCCUAGCAAGGCGAGUCAGGAGACACACCGCUGGGUGGCAGGGACAGGGGGACAGGGGCUUUUCUCCGUGGCCAACUGGAAAGCCAUGAAAGACCUCCAGCUUGUCGGGAAAGAACCACAAAAUUCGCUCAGUACAAUUCUGGAUCAGCUCUAAAUUGAAAACAGUUGAAGUGGAGAAGAACUUUCUUUCCGGAUCUUCAUGGACACGCGGAGAAAUCCAGAAAGACGAAGAGGAGGCCCACUCAAGUUGACAGCCCUGAAUAUUGCCAAGCAGUUUUAAUGUCAGGAGAAGGCCGAGUGGGUCCGAAGGGGGUUUUAAUCUUCAGCCAGGCUACAGGCUCCAAAGCGUCCCUCUUCGGCGUGCGUGCGGGGCGACAUGAGCGGAGGUCGCUUUGAGUUCGAUGACGGCGGCGCAUACUGCGGCGGCUGGGAGGGUGGCAAGGCACACGGCCACGGCAUCUGCACCGGCCCCAAAGGCCAGGGCGAGUUCUCGGGAUCCUGGAAUUACGGCUUCGAGGUGGUGGGGGUCUACACCUGGCCCAGCGGGAACACCUACGAAGGCUACUGGUCACAGGGCAAGCGUCACGGUCUGGGAGUCGAAACCAAAGGUCACUGGAUUUACAGAGGGGAAUGGACACAUGGCUUCAAGGGAAGGUAUGGCAUCCGCAUCAGUGUCGGCAGCGGGGCCAAAUACGAGGGAACGUGGAGCAAUGGGCUUCAGGACGGCUACGGAACUGAAACCUACGCUGAUGGAGGCACUUUCCAGGGUCAGUUCACGGGCGGCAUGCGGCACGGCUACGGGGUCCGUCAGAGCGUCCCCUACGGCAUGGCAGCUGUCGUACGUUCUCCGCUCCGGACUUCCCUGACCUCCUUACGCAGCGAGCACAGCAAUGGCACCGUCCUGCAGCAAGACAUCCCCAUCAUCACCACCACAAGUGUGUCCGGAGAAGAGACUCCUGUUGCCAGCCCUGCCCAACUGGGACCAUCGCGGGGAGGCUUCGCCCUCACUCUCCAGGUGGACCUAGAGGCAGUGAAACCCAAGAAGAAAGGUCUGUUUCGCAGGAGCGCUCUGCUGGGCAAGUUGAAGAAAUCCGACUCGAGCACUUCGCUGUCCAGCCAGAAGAGCAAGAUCAGUUUCCUGAGGACGGAAUCAGCUUUGAGCUCCAACAUCAGCGACACUAACUCCACCAUUAGCAUGGGGGACGAGAGCCUGGCUGGUGCAGAAGACUUCCCCCCCGUCGAGGCAGACAUCGAUGCCACCACCACCGAAGUCUACAUGGGCGAAUGGAAGAACGACAAGCGCUCAGGGUAUGGAAUAAGCGAAAGGUCCAGUGGCCUCAAGUAUGAAGGCGAGUGGCUGAACAACCAAAGACACGGCUAUGGUUGCACCACCUUCGCUGAGGGAGGCAGAGAAGAGGGCAAGUACAUGAACAACAUGCUGGUGAAGGCUGUGAAGAAGAGAAUGAUCCAGUUGAAAGGAACCAAGAUCAAGCAGAAGGUGGAGCGGGCCGUGGAGGGCGCUCAACGGGCCGCUGCCAUUGGCAAGCAGAAGGCGGAGAUUGCCGCUUCCAGGUCCACCCACGCCAAGGCCAAGUCAGAUGGAGCCGACCAGGCUGCUCAAGCCUCCAACAGCGAGUCCAGCAUUGCCAGGCUGGUGGCCAAAGAGCUUUCGCCUUCCUUCUACCAGCCAGGUCCGGAGUAUCUGAAGAAGAGAGUGAUGCCGGAAGUCGGGGAGGGAAGUGAGAACACAGAUAUCGUCAUGCAUGAGCCACUGUUGGCCGAAGAGGAGCCAGCGCCGACGCCGCCUGAAAGCCCGAUAGUCAAUGAAAUAGACCGCCUCAUGCCUGGCUCCUCCCCAGCCCGCACCCCCUCCCCCAGUCCAGGGAUCUUCAUCAAGGAGGACCCCAAACUCCCGGGUCCUGACAGCUCAAAUGACAAAAAAGCUAGUAAAGGUAGCAGUAAACCCAACAGCAGGCCCACCACACCUUCACUCCCUCUUCCUGUUCCCACUGGACUCGAGGGCACCAGCGGUCGCAGCCUCUCUCGAACCCCAAGCCGCCACAGCACCAAGAACGAGCAGGGGUCUGAUUUGGAGAUCAAACCCUUGCGGAAGUUUGAUGCAGAGGUGAAUGCUCCAGACACUGCAUCUGCACCCCAAUCUGCAAGAAACAGCUUUUUCGCCCGGGAGGACGAGGAAAAGCUACGGCCCAGCCCCAAAGUGCCAGCUGCCACUCCAAAUUCGAAAGCCAAUGACCUCAAGCUCGAAAGAGUUCCGACAGUCCACGAUCGAGAGCAGUCGUGGGAGGCGAGCAGGCCUUCCGUCAAGGCGGAAGCCAAACUGCCACCGAAACGACAACCUAGCCCCGCUCCAGCCCCAAAGCCUGCGGCCAACCAGGAACCGAAGACACAAGCCAAGCCUGUGGAAGCCAAAAGCAACAGUGUCAAACCUGCCUUGAAAGCAGAUCCGAAAGCAGAAUCCCGACUGAAGGCGCCGGUGUUGAAUUCAAGUAUUGGUGUGACUGCAGAGCCUUUGGAGCAGGAGAGCCCCAACACCAUCAUGAUCUGCAUGGUCAUCUUGCUCAACAUCGGUCUGGCCAUUCUCUUUGUGCACAUUUUGUCAUGAGGAGUUUGUCGCCGCCUCGGGUCACCAUCGGCGCUGUAGCGAGAGGGCCUGCCUCCACCGCAGUUUGGACCAGAGCUCAAAGAGAUGUGAAAUGGAACUCAGAAGCCUCGUGUGACCUAGCAGCAGCUCCUCUUCUCGCGGUGUCUGUGUGAGCUUUUGUCAGGCUGCAGACAACUGAGAAGACGAAAGACAACGAAUGAUGGAAAUGGCUCAGUAUGAAGUUUCUGUGCUAAAGUGGGGGAGGGCGGGAUGCUUGAGUGUGCCAGUGCUUCCAAAUGCACUGAAGAAGUCUAUAUUCAAUUUAGAAUGCCCAAGUGUGUCACCAUUUAAAAAAAAAAAUUAAAAAAAAAGAGCUUCAAAAGAAUACAGUACUUAACUACCACCUAUGCUUGCUCUCACAUCACCUCUGAAAUCACGUUUUGGUGUUUUUGUUUCUGAAGCAACAUUACUUCUAAUUUGAAUAUUGCUGCCAUUGUAUCUACCCACUCACAUUUUCCCCUUGCCAAAAUGGUCCUAAACAGCAGGUCGACAUUUGACCCAACACUUCAGACUGUGAUACUUUGCCGAGUACUUGUUCUAAUUCGCGGAUGCUGCCUUAACCAACACAAAAGAAAUCAGUCUUAAUGUUGAGAACAUUUCAGUAAAUCAGUGUUUGGUAAGGUUGGACCAUGACUUCAACUAGAGAAAAACAAGAAUCUCAGUACCAGUGGGGUCAGUGUGUACUACAGGCGCAUGGAUUUGGGUUUUUUUUUUCCAUUCACAGAAAAAAGGACGACGAGACUACCCGAUUUACGGAAAUGUGUUCAGCACUCAAUCGCUUAUCCUGGAAAUUGGCACCUAUCAGUAGAACUGCAUCUAAAUGGCCAUUGCCCAAAUUUAACUCGCGACCAACGUGACACGAUUCGCCAAAAUGCUGAGUUGGAACAGCCAAUUCAACCUGACUAAACCGCAACAGAAAUUUGGAAAAUCUGAUGAGUCAGUCUACUUUCAUGAAGGAAUACAGAACUCCGAGAAUAUUUACGGUUGGGUGAAUGAAAUCAGAGAAUUUGGACAGAUCAGUUAACCCUUUCAGGGACAGCGGUUACGACAGUGGACAUCUUAUCAUGUUAUCAGGUUACGAGGUGCAUGAAAGGGUGAAACAAUGGAUCCAAACAAUUAUCCAAAAUCGUUGUCAAUUGAUUUGAUGAUCGAUUAAUUGUGACACCUGUACAAUACUGACGAUUAAUGUUAGAUUACAGAUUGUCUGUUACCAGUUGGUUGACCUGUUGUUUCUGCUGCACUUGACAUCUGGGAAUGAACACGCGCUAGGACAAAUGCGGCUAACGCAUCGAAUGUUUUCGAGUAAAUGUAAUAACUGACACGGUUGUGGUCUGAGCCGUGCUCUGUGUUCCUGUAUGUCUGUUUGAAAAUAGACUCUUCCAAGUUGCAUUUCAGCUUUGGUAUUCUGGAAAAUCCGCGUUUUGGCUGUGGUGUUGAACACUGUGAAGUGUGAUGUUUUCACUGUGUCUUUGUUGCCGGUCUGCCGCAUCGGAAGAGGCUUUGUAAGGCAAACAGAGAAUGCCAAUAGCGAGCAUAUCAGUGUUUGUGCCCAUUAUGUUCAGUAUGUGCCUGUGGAGUCAUGGUCUUUUAGGAGGUUUAAACAGAGUUUUUGGGUGUAUCCCGUGGGAGACAAGAGAGCAGAAAAUGGAAAUUGCAAGCUGACUGACAACGACCACUGCUUCGCCUGUGGGUAUGUAGCAGUCAGUUUCUUAUGUAAAGUACAAAAAAAAAAAAAAAGUUUUCCGCAGCAACUCCAUCCAAGCACCUGAUGUGCCGUUUGAAGCCAAAUGAGUUCAUCUUUUGUAAGCAUGAAGAUACCGUGUGUAGGUACCAGAGUGACACAGACUGCAUCAGCAUUCAGAAUAGAUUACCUCGUUAUUGCGAGCUGAAGAAUAUUUUUCUCAACUCCACGUCUUACAUUGAGAGUAUAUGCCCAGCUAUUUAAAUUAUUAUUUGACCCAUGUUUAUGUGGGACAGCAAUGAUUUUAUUUGUAUGGUAAAAUUGUAUUCGUUUGUCAAAAGAGGCCAAGCCAAAGUGCUCCGUCAUCUUUCAAUUGGCACAUUUUGUUGAUGAGUUGCCAAGUUAUAGAACAUCACAAUAAAAAAGAUUAAACAUGUAACACCAAGUACCCAGAGGUCUUUGUAUGUAGAAGCCAAAUUCAAAGAUGUGUAGUUUGUGGAUUGAAAUCUGGCACAAAACAACUUAACUUCAAUGAUUAAAAAAAAGUUAAACAAU